AUGCCGUCGCCGGACGCGGCGGCGAGGCACACGCGACACGGGCGCCGGCGAGCGGCGUGGCGCGUCGGCAGGCCCACCACCGACCACGAACGGAUGCGCGACGAGCGCGCUCGGGAAGCGGCCGCGGGCGAUGCGGAGCUUCCGCCGGAGGACGACGCGGUCGAGAUGGCGAGCGUCGUCCACGUGCUGGACAGCGUGGCGGAGGUGGGCCCGAACUACACCCUGCUGCUGCGCAGCAGCUAUGGGACAAAAGCGUCGAAAAUGUCCCAAAAAGCGUGUCAUCGCGGAAAGUACGCCGCCGAGCGUGCCACGAGCGUGCCACCGAAGGCGUCCCGGCGGCGGUGA